ACCCAUCGUCGGUGCACGCGGCGCGCGCGAGUGUGAGUGAAACAACUAGUGUGCGUGACUCGCUCGCGCCAUUGUGUGCAGUGCAGGCUGUGGAACCGUCGCGUUCGGCCGGCUGUCAACAUCAAAAUUUUCGAAAACUCGCCGGCGAAAAUAAUGAGUGUGUGCAUCGCGAGUGCAAAGUGAGUUGUGAUAAGAAUGGUGUUGUGAUAAACGGUGGUUUACGUCGUUGGGAAUCGCGUGGACAGCGCGAUGCUUGCUUUGUUUAGAUCGUGCCCGGCACAAAAUCAAAAACACCUCAGUAGUUUAAGUUCAACCUGACAAAAGUUAGCUGUGAUCUCAUUUUAGUUUAAUAGACGUUGACUCAAUGUUAUGGAUGACAGAUAGUGUUGUUAGGGAUAAUGGGAGUGGGUAGCUGAAGAUGCCUCAUGCACACUCGAGUUCGGCAGCUAGCUCGGGGGGCGAUGACCUCGGCUCCACGGAUGAGGUCAAGGUCUUCAAGGACGAGGGAGACGGAGAGGACGAGAAGAGAAGCUCGGAGAAUCUCCUUGAGGAGAAGUCUAGUCUUAUCGAUUGGACUGAGAGUGAGGAAAAAUCCGGCGAGCCUUAUUCCGGUAAAUUAUCGGUAAAGUCGGAUCUAAGUCCUGUAUUUGGUAAAUUUGAGCCCCACCCGGCUGCAAGUUUCAACAUGGGCUACCUCAUGGCGCCGUACCCUUACCCCAACGGUGGGGCGCACCCCCUCCCCGUCUCCAUGACGAGCAAAAUGGGAUUGCCCGCGGGAGGUGGACUCUCCCUCUUCUGUCCGGGGGGAGACCUGGGCCAGCCGCCACCAGCUCAUAUGGGCAUCCCGCCCCCCUACCAGCUCGACUCCAAACUUGCUGCGGGGUUGGCACGGACCCCAAUGUACCCCUUCCCAGGGGGUACGUACCCCUACCCCAUGCUCAGUCCAGAGAUGUCACAGGUUGCUGCUUCGUGGCAUACUCCAAGCAUGUACCCCAUAUCUUCGGCAGCGAGCAGUUUCCGCAGUCCGUACCCCACCUCGCUGCCCAUACCAAGUUCUAGUCUAUCAAGUGAAUUGUACCGGUUUUCCCCAACGCUGGGCGGCGGGCUGGGCCUCGGGCUCGGUCCCGCGCUUGUCCCUCCGCCCUCCUCAAAAGCAGACCUCGAUUCACACCACUCUCGGUACGCGAGGUCAUUAGAAAAGGGCAGUAGCAGUAGUGCGAGCGACAAGCCCUCGGAGAGCUCCGCGAAUUCGAACAGCAAAGAGCAGAAUAAGAAGCCACACAUAAAGAAACCACUGAACGCCUUCAUGCUCUAUAUGAAAGAGAUGAGGGCGAAAGUGGUUGCGGAAUGCACGCUCAAAGAAUCCGCCGCCAUCAACCAAAUCCUCGGCCGACGGUGGCAUUCGUUGACUCGAGAGGAGCAAGCAAAGUACUAUGAGAAAGCGAGACAAGAGCGGCAACUUCAUAUGCAGCUUUAUCCCGGGUGGAGCGCGAGGGACAACUACGGUUACGGUUCCAAAAAGAAAAAGCGGAAAAAGGACCGAAGUCCCGCUGAGCUGGGAGGAAAUAACUUGAAGAAAUGUCGAGCGAGGUACGGCCUCGACCAGCAGAACCAAUGGUGCAAGCCUUGCAGGCGGAAGAAAAAGUGCGUGCGCUACAUGGAAGCCCUGGCCGCGGCGUCCGGGACCGUGCCCAUGCCGAUGGUGACUCCCCAGUCCCCUUGUUCUGAAGAAGACGUCAAGCUCGAGGAGAUGUCCGACGCCUCCAGCGAAGGCGACGCCGACACUCCGCUCAACUCCGCGUCGAGCCCCGGUGGGUUGAGUGCGCUUUCGUCUUUGGCGUCUCCAGCGUCAGAUCCGCCGCCGAAUCCCCCUAGGAAUCCAGUGGGGACUAACCCUAGAGAUGCGAAUAACCCCUUGUCCGUCGGCCAGCUGACGUCGCAGUCGUGGCCGCGCGCGGCGCAGGCGCGGCCCGGGCACGAGGUCAUCUCCGUGUCGUAGCGUCCUCCUAGUGCGCUGCGUCUUUAGCUUAACAGGACUUUACAACUCUCCAACUGGAAAACUCUGUUGACAAUCUUCAAAAGAUUUCUAGUUUGUUACAAGGUUUAAUGUACUGUUAAUCAAAGAUGUCAGUCUCUGUUAUUAUUCUAGAUCGACAGUUCAUGUUCUUCACCGACCUGGAAUUCUAAUAGAGCACGACUGAAAAUUAUCACUCCAUCGUUUUGCUCAUUGACUGUUUUACAAACAAAAUUUUGGAGCGAUAAGUUUCAUUAAAGCGACAUCUAGUUUCGAAUCUGGAACUAAACAGCGCCAUCUAGGAGUUGUGAACCGCGUUGGUUGUGAUUGUGAUACAAGGUACUCCCGCUAUGAACAUUUAGUAGUUUCCUACCUCCGGUCCGGCGAUAUUUAAUGAAAUAGGUUUAAAUGAUCAUGAUAUCAAGAAAUACCGACAUUUUUGUGAACAAUAAACCAUGAAGGAUUCACUGUUGUGGUGGUUGUGUACAACGCCAUCUAUGUCUAGCAAACAUAACUAACUGCAAACAAGUUUUCAAGGUUGCUCCCCGGUGCACUUAGCAACUAUGGCCUAAUUUUUUUAUUUCUGUAAAUAUUUUUACCAAAUGUGCGGUAUAUCUUGAAAUCACGACAAUAGAUUGCGAGGGGAUGUUUCGACAAUAUCGUACGCUUCUAAAAGCACAGAGCACACAUAGAAAUUACCACAUUUAUUAGUCGUCUUUGAUUGAUCUCAAAAUUGCAAGUCCUGAUCGAGUCUUUUGCAUUUGUGGCUCAUGUUGUAACAUAUUCAAAACGUAUAAAAUAAUAUGAACUAUAAUUUUGGUGAUCUUCUCCGCGAUAGUGUGGAGCCGGCGUUGAUGUACUCGUACGGCGUAGAUCUAAUAAUUCAUGUAUAAUUUUAUCAGCAAGUUUGAUGUCUCAAGAAUAAUAAUAUUUUAUGCGAUUUGAAUGCAUUAUAUAAUAUGAGUCCGUACUAUAGUCAUACAGGUUCUAGCCUAUCGGAAAUAAGACAUAUUUAAAUAUCUUUUAAGAUUAUUUUAUUCCUUUCUGAUAAUUUGUCUUGAUUUGGAGUUUGUAUGUGAAAUGUAUCUACUGGCUUAUUUUGAUGCGUAUUUUGUAAAGAGAUCACAUUUUUUUGAUACAUUUUUCGGAUAAAUUAUGAUCUUUAAAACAAUCAUUUCUGUAAUGAGUUGAUAGAAUGAAAAUCACUCGUUAUUAUGGAUUUUUAUUUGACAAAAAUCUUUAAUGUACAAUUUAUAUAUUAACUUAAAUUUGUUUACAAAUAAUGUGAUGUAUUUAUGAAAUCCAGCUUUGGCGUGUUCCCAAGCCAAUAAACAUUCGGAUGAUACACAUGUAAUGCUCUCUCAUAUUCUUGCAUUUACGGCACGAUGUACAAGGUGUGAAAUACAAAAAUUUCACUUUUGUAUGAUAAUAAAGAUAUUUAUAUCUAUGAUUACUAUAGUUUGACAUACAAUGAUAUCUCGGACCUAUGAGAUUUUUGUAGAAAAAUUAUGAUUUAUAAUGUAAUAAUGUGUGCAUUUUAAUUCGCCAUUUUCUUUAGUCCAACACAAAAUUCGAUAUUCAAAUUUCGAAUUAUUUUUUCUUCAAUGAAGUCAUAGAAAGAGUUUUUUCAAUGCAUUCAAGAUUUAGAAAAUGAUUGUUUUUUUGAUAUUUCAUAUCUUGUGCAUUGAGUACCACCACGAUUGCAUCGGCCUGCACCACAUGAGGUUCCAUGUAGCGUUAGAGUUAACAUUUAAGUUUAUAAUUUUCCCUUCGCGUUAUGUAAAAAGUUAUGUUAAGUUGUGGCGGAGGGAAAAACGUUUUUCCGUUGUGCGGAAUUAGACUGUCGUAGGUUAGUUUAGUCGCGUCGUACGAGUGAAGUUAUUGUUGUAUUGUACUAAAUUACCCUUAAAGUAAAAGAAAAUAGUCUAUUAAUUGUCUAUGAAUAAACAUUUAUUUAAUGUUAAUUAUCUUUGCAUGAAAAAGUAUGUAUGUAAGCUUUUUAGCUAUUUAACGUGUUUUUAUAUAUGAAAUAUUAAUAUUUGGUAUAAUUUUAUCGGAAUUUCAGAAACUAUUAAUCAGCGAAAAGGGCACUUUCGUACAAUACAUAUCUCUGUAUAUGUGUAAGUACAUACAUGAUGUAUAUGUAUAAAAUAUAGUUUUAUUCUAACUGUGUCAUAUUAGUAAAUAAGUGUACUAUGCUACUUACCUAUACAUAUACUAUAUAAAAAGUUUAAGGAAAAAUAUUAGUUGAUUGAAUACUGACUCAAAACGAAAUUAAGAUUCAUUGUAAACAUAUCUGACGUAACUGUUUUUUAUUUUGGAUCUUGGGGCGUCGCGGUCCUUUUCACACUCGGGCCACGGGAAUACCUAAUUAUAACGAAUAAUAAAAAAAUAAUAGUAUCAAAAUGAACAUUUAUAAAUAGGAUGGGUUAUUUAUUUGAAUAUGAUGAUGUGCACACUGCUAUCUGGAGAAAGGGAUCUGGAGAAAACGCGUCUGGCUUCGCUCGGGCAAAACCAUAAUAAAUUAUACACAGGAAUAACAUUAUCGAAUAAAAACCGCAAUAAAUCCGUAAAUCCGCGUAGUUUUAAAGAAGCAUAUAUGUGGAAAGACAGACAGCGUGAAGUGACUUUGUUUUACUAUGUAGUGAUGAAAAUUGUUCUCACAUAUAACAACAAUUGUCUUGUGGUCCAAGUUACCCCAGGUGGAAAUGCCCCAAGAUCUUCGGCGACCCAGAAUAUAUACUUAAGCUGGAGAUAUGUAAAUAAAUUUGUAAUUCGCGAGUAGAACAUUUUUGGUAUAAAGAAAUAUUGCAUUUAUAUAAUUAUUAUUACGAAAAACAAUUAAGUUUCCCUCGGAAUGUUCUUGAUGGUUUGUUUUUCGACGCAACAUUUUGUUAAUUACUUUUUAUUGUUAUUAUUAAGAAUUUUAACGUUGUUGAACGCAAUAUGAUCACGUGAUUAUGUAAUUUGAUUUUCUAAAUUGUGCCUGCAGUUAUUGAGGGAUUUUUUAAAUGGAAACUUUUAUGUACGGACAAGAUAAAUGUAUACAGAAAAAAAUAUUAACAAAUCUUAUUUUACAAUCGGACCAGUUUGAAUGAUUUCAAAUAUUAUUUUUAAUCAGUCGCACGAUUUUGCAUGAAAUCCGACUUGUGCAAUAAAUGAAUAUUAUGGGUACUGUAUAGUCUUCUAAAUAAACUAGAAUUUCAUUAAAAUUAAUUUUAAGGUCUAUUUUCAAGAAAAAAAAAACUAUAUUGGAAUUUGAAUUUUAUGUCUUUCGGAAGAAAUGAUUUAUUUUUCGUCGCUCAAUUAUUUUUUUAUGUUUUUUUUUUAAUAUUUCGCCUGUAAAAUAAGCGAACCCGUGCCAAAACCAUCUAGAACUUACAGAUUGCCAGGGAAUUUUAUUCUUUCGUUUUGUUAACACUAAUAUAAAUUUACAAAUGUCUUUUCGUUUUUAUUUGAAUUUAUAUCGGUGAAGCAUGAACCAAAAUAUAAGUUUUUUAUUUUAUCAGUUCGACGGAUUAUUUUAGUGUUAAUGAGCAAAGAAUAUUUUAAUGGACAGUAAUAAUUUAAUAUUAUAAUUAUCUGUGCCAAAUUUAACUAUACAUGUAACACCGUUUGGUAUUUGAUACACAAUACCUCCAAAAGGUCUUUAUGUUGAUAGAUUUUAUAGGUUGUUUUUAUUGUUAAGAGGCAAGACAGCGGCUUCAAUGAGCUACUUUAUUUUUUGUAGAAAAAACAUGUCAAAUUAGAAAACUCAAUUAUUAGGUCUGUUCCCGUAACUUGUGUUCAGUUGAACGAAUAUUAUUUUAAUAAACAACAUAAAAACUGUA